AUGCGAGAAGUGCGGGCAGUGGCAACAGGCGUUAUUGUUACUCACAUGCUGCGGGAGACGCGAGUGGAGCCGAGCACCGUUCUCUACAAUAGUGGGCUCGGAGCAUGUGAGGAAAGCGGGCAGUGGCAGCUGGCCAUCGCGAUGCUCGAUGAGAUGCCAGAGGUGACGCUUGAGCCGAGCAUCGCCAGCUACCUUGCGGGAGCCAAGGUGUGCGAGAGAGGCGGGCGAUGGCAGCAUGCGUUGGCGCUGUUUGGCGUGAUGCGGGGGGCGAAGCUGGAGAUGAACGUCAUCAGUUGCAGUGCCGAGUUGAGCGCGUGCGAGAAGGGCGGGCAGUGGGUGCAGGCGCUGCUUCUGGUUCGUGAGAUGUGGGCGACGACAGUGGCGCCGAACGUCGUCAGCUACAGCACGGUCACCAGCGCUUGCGAGAGAGGUGGGCAGUGGCGGCAGACACUGUCGCUGCUCAACGAGAUAAAAAGGGUGGCGUUGGAGCCGAACGUGUCUUUACACUACAGUGCCAGUAUCAGCGCGUGCGGGAGCGGUGGGCAGUGGCAGUGGGCGCUGAAAUUGAUCGACGACACGCGCAGGUCGAAGCUCGAGCUGGAUUCACCUACAAUGUUGGAAUCAGCGUGUGCGAGAAGGGCGAGCAGUGGCAGCAGGCAUUGA